UCAGACAGUCUCCAACGCGGUUCAACACGUUUUUUUUCUCUCUAACUGGAAAAAAUUAAUAUUUGGACCCAAGACUUUCUCUCUCACUGCCUGACAGGAUUGAGAUGUUACAUUUUAGGUUCUCCACAGUGCUGAAGGAGUUGUCUCAAGCCACCCUCAAGCGUCCUUUGCCUGUCUGUACUACACAGAAGAAGACGUGGUUGCCGACCCGCCACCACCAUCACCACCACUACCACCACCACUGCUUCUUUACCGGCACCACCUCCGCUGUUUCCCCCCAGCUAAAGCUCCUUCAUGCCCGCUCCUACUGCAUCAAAACCGAGGGUGCUGUGGAGCUGGACGAGCAGCUGAAGAAGGAUGGUGACAACGCUGAAACACCCAGUGACAAGAGGAGAAAUGCAGGCAUUCUUCCCAGUCUGGAGGAUUUGCUCUUCUACACAGUCGCUGAAGGUCAAGAAAAGAUUCCUGCUCAUAAAUUUCUCACAGCUCUUAAAGCCACUGGGCUUCGCAGUGGAGAUCCACGACUGAAGGAAUGUAUGGAAACACUCAAGGAAACUUUAAAGAACACGGCAGAUGGCGUCACGCUGGACAGGCACCUAUUCAAGAAGUGUGUCCAGAGCAACAUUGUCCUGCUCACUCAGGCCUUCCGCAAGAAGUUCGUCAUCCCAGACUUCCAGUCCUUCUCCUCCCAUAUUGAUGAGCUGUAUGAGAAUGCCAAAAAUCUCUCUGGAGGACAGGUUGCAGACUACAUUCCUCAGCUUGCCAAAUUCAACCCCGACCUGUGGGCUGUCUCUCUCUGCACGGUUGAUGGACAGAGACACACAGUGGGAGACACCAAGGUCCCCUUCUGUCUGCAGUCCUGUGUCAAACCGCUGAAGUACGCCGUCGCCAUUCACGACCACAGCACAGAGUACGUGCACAGUUUCAUUGGGAAGGAACCCAGUGGACUACGGUUUAAUAAGCUCUUCCUGAAUGAAGAGGAUAAGCCUCACAACCCCAUGGUGAACGCCGGCGCUAUUGUUUGUACUUCACUGAUAAAGCAAGGUGCGGGCAACGCAGAGAAAUUUGACUAUGUCAUGAACUUCCUGAAAAAGAUGGCGGGACAAGAGUAUGUUGGUUUCAGCAAUGCAACAUUCCAGUCGGAGCGUGAGUCAGGAGACAGGAACUUUGCCAUCGGUUACUACCUGAAAGAAAAAAAGUGUUUCCCAGAAGGCACAGAUAUGACGUCUGUACUGGACUUCUACUUUCAACUCUGCUCCAUCGAGGUGACCUGCGAGAGCGCCAGCGUCAUGGCCGCCACGCUCGCUAACGGCGGCAUCUGCCCGAUCACGGGUGAGCGUGUGCUGAACCCCGAGGCGGUGAGGAACACCCUGAGCCUCAUGCACUCCUGCGGCAUGUACGACUUCUCGGGACAGUUCGCUUUCCACGUCGGUCUGCCAGCCAAGUCUGGAGUAGCAGGAGGAAUCCUGCUGGUCGUACCCAACGUGAUGGGCAUCAUGUGCUGGUCGCCUCCACUGGACAAACUGGGCAACUCGGUCAGAGGGAUCCAGUUCUGCUUGGUAGGACCUCGUCGAACUUUUCAACUUCCACAACUACGACAACUUGAGACAUUUCUCCAAGAAGUACGAUCCUCGCAGGGAGGGAGGGGACCAGCGGCAGAACAGCUUCGGACCGAUGGAUUACGAGAGCCUCCAACAAGAGCUAGCUCUGAAAGCCCCUCUGUGGAAAAAGGUGUCGCCCACUGAGUCGCACCAGGACUGCUCCACCACUGUAGUCUAUAGGAUGGACUCUGUCGCCAAGUGAAAACUAUAAAAACAAAUAAGUUAACUAAAAAAAAAAAGAAAAAAGAAAAAAAAGACCCUUCCUUACUCACCUGGUCUCCUCCUCUUCCUCUUCUCUUCCUCUUGCAACAACAACACCACCUCUAUCUCCUCUCUCCUCUCUCUCUCCCUCUCUCCGCACCCUCGAAUAUUUAUACAUAAAUUAUGUGAGGAUUAUUUAUUGCUUGUGAAGCGGUUACUGUGUGGACGGACUGGGAAGCUUCUUUUUUUCUUUUGUGUUAUUUUUAUUUGUGAUGGAAAAGAGUUACUGCUUUAUUAUUUUAUUUUUUUAUUUCAUUUUAUUUUUUCCUUUGAAUUUCCAAAUUAAGUCGUUAGCCCCGCCCCCCCCCCUGCUUCCUGUUGCCUUAGCGUGUGUUCGUAGGAUCUGAUGUACAGUGUACAGGUUGCGCUCUUGUAUCCAUUUCACUAUCAUUUAUUAUUGCAAUAUGUUUUUUAAUUUUAUUUCAUUUCAUUAUUUUAACUCUUAACACAUUUAUCCGAUAAGGCGCUAAGGGCUGAUUUGAAAUUCAGUUUUUAUUUUAACUCAAAUAGAAAAAAGAAAAUAUGAAAAAAAGGUGUAUGAGUGUGUUUGCAUGUGUGGAGCUUCGGUACAGCCGGCCUUUAGUCUAUUAAAAUAAAACACUCAGACUACUUUUGUAUAGGAAUGAUUGCUUACUGUAGCUCACACUGAGGCCUAAGACUCUAGCUAUAUAUUAGCAUAAUAAUACAGAUGCUGGGUGUAUUAUUACUAUUAUUAUUAUUAUUAGUGGAUGAUCAAAAUGGCAGUAUGUGACGGUAUGUGUUUGAUUACUGAUUUUAUUUUUUUGGGGUCAAAGGAGAAUAUUGUUAUCUUUCUCAUCUUUAUAUAACAAAGAAAAAGAGAGAGAAACUGAAUUAUUGAAGGGAUUAAUUUAAUUAUUCUUUCAGGUGUUGUGCUUUUAUAAUCUACAUGCUGGAUAUCGAAAGGAAAAAAUUACCCAAUAUUCAGAGUCAGAAUAUUUCUCUCUGCACGAUAAACGAGCACCUGUACUUGUCUUUCUGUAAGUGUUUUUAAAACUCUGAAAGACGUUACGAUUGCCUAAAGAUGUCUGUUAGAAUAAACGCAGAUAUCGGAGUCACGUUGUAAGAGAUUAUUAAGAAUGAGAGUGCUUUCAAAACCUGUAGCUCGUUUUCUCUGUUCCCAAUUAGUAGACGAUGAACUGGGCACUUAAACAGCUGUUUUCAUUAUUGAUUCACCUUUUUAGUCUAUAAAAUGUUAAAAAAAAAAAAGAGAGAAGAAAACGCCAUCACAGUUUCACAAAAACCUUAACACACUCAAAAGUGUUGUUUUUAUUUUGAGCAAGAGUCCAAAACCUCCCAAAAUAUUGAGUUUAUUUUCACAUAUGAGAAUAAUAAGAAUAGUCACAUCAGAUAGUUUGUUCCAUUUGGUCCCAAUUAGUGGAUGAGUUGGUAAACUUGAUGUGCUUUCCGUUUGGUUCUGUUUCUAUUCAAACAGGAAAAAACUAAAGUAAAUACAAGAAGUCUAUAAAAUGUCAGGAAAUAAAGGGAAAAAAACACCUUAACCCCUUCAAAAGUGGUUUUAUUUUGAGCAAGAGUCCAAGAACCCUCGAAAUAUUGAGUUUAUUUUCAUUUAAGACAACAAAAUAAUCCCAUCUGACAGUCGAAAAAUAGAUUAUAAUUAAUUUUCUGACCUUCUAAUCGAUUAUUUCAGCUUUACCAGAGUCUGAUUCAACCCGACUGAACAGCACAGGUUUGAAAACACUCUCAUAAUGCACCUUUUGAUAUGUGCUCUGAUUAUUUCAAACAGUACAUUGAAUAACCUUUUUUAAAAUACAGCAUCGUUGUAUUUGCCUCAAUGCCAGAAAGAAUAUAAAAUACAUUGACUUGAGCUUCAGUCGAGAAAAAGCUACUGUGUUGACUUAAGAGAAGAUGAACUGCACUUGACUGGACUUCAGUCUGUCUUUAUUUGCACCUGGACCACAGUUUGGGCUCAUUUUAUUUUUUAUAAUAAUCGGAUUACAGCUAGACGAUAUUAGCUUAUAAUGCAGAUUUAUCAUGGUUUAGUUCCUCCAGGAAAUCACAAUCCAUAUUCUGGCAAAAUUCCGGCAAUUUCUCCGCAUUAAACAAUCCCUCCAGGAAAACUAUAAUUUCUGCAAUCGCAAUAAUUAAUGUGAUUUUGCUAAAUUACAGCAACUUCUCCACAUGAAAUUAUCAAAUCAACAAACUGCUUGUGAUUUGGACCAACUGUUGCAUUUCAUGUCAUAAUAACGGAGGAGGAAAAAAUCGCAUUAUUUUCACAAUUGCCUGUAAUUUUACCCCAAAAAGAGCACUUAAAACAUCACAAAUUAUAUAAUUAUAUUGUGAUUUUUGAGAGAAAGCUGCUGUAAAAUUGCAACAUGGCUUCAAUAAUCACAAAACAAUCCUGGAGGGACUACAUGAUGACGUGUAUGUCGGCCGAUAAGCAAAGAAAUGCCAAAAAAAUGUUGGAAGCAAUUUAGAAACAGCGUCUCUGUGAAAGAGAGAGAGCACUGACAAGUUUGUUUUUAAGUUGUAAAAUGAGUAUUAUCAUUAUGAGAUUAAGUGUCUGUAUCAGUCGGGCUUUAAUUAUGAUGAUUGGUUAACGUAGGUGCUGAUAAAAGUUUGGCUCAGGAGAGAUGGGACGAACCGUCGAGCUCUCCAGACUUGACAGUUCAGGGUCUGGGUGAACUCGGUGGACCGGCUGCUGCUGUAGAGUCUGAAGGUGUUUGUGCUGCUGGUCGUGCCUGCCGUGUUUGUCCAGGUUAAUAAAUGCACCGUGUGUGACGUCAGCUGAGGGUGAAGGGUGGUGUGUGCUCACUGAUGUAACCUCCUCUCGUAGCUCGUAGGGGUGACCGCAGGGUUUAUCUAGGCUGCGAUCCAAAAACCACCGGCGUUGUUCACACAGAGCUCGUGUUGAAACAGGAGGCCUUUGUGUCCAAAUUAAGCUGCUUUCUUUCUGCUGAAACUUCCUACAUUUUAAAGGAAAUGAAUUGAUGACGAAGUGUUGAAAGCUUCUGAUCUGAGAUUCUGAUGCAGAGCUGGGUAUCAAACAUCAAAUUAGUUAUUUGCCAUAUUGAACUUCAGUGGAUGAAGAACUGAAACUAAAAUAAAUCAUGUGAAGAAAUGAAACAUUUUAAAGUGUCAAUAAUCAUUUUAUCAUCACAUCAUAGUCCUCUGAAUCAAAUCAAAUCAUGAAGUGCCUCCAGAUUCCCGCCCCUAAUUUUCCAUCAAAAUUUUACCAGUUUGACUUUUCAUUCUUGACCUUAUUGACGAAACUCAAAGUCUCCACGAGAAAUGUAGACGUUCAAACUUUUCUCAUUGUUAUUCUGAGAGAACCUCGAGGUCUUCUCGCCCGUGUCGGCUUUGAAUUUGACAGGAUCAUGUGGUCGAAAGCCCCGGACACAAGAGAGUAAGUGGACCUUUAGGAUGAGAUUCAGACUGUUUUAAUGAGACGACAUUCUCAUGCGGCUGCUUGUGUUUUAGACAACAUUUGAAAACGUCUUUUAGUUGAAUGUGAAAGAAAAAACUUCUUUACACUUAAGUUUUAUUUCCGUAAAAUGUAUCUAUCAAAAAAAAUUCAUAUUUGAUACCCUCAAUCUCUUUGCAGUGGUAGAAAGCCCCGAAGCAAGAGAGUAAGUGGACCUUUAGGAUGAGAUUAAGAUUCCAGUUUUAGAGCAAAGUUCUCAUAUGGCUGCUUGUGUGUUUUUACAACAUUUAACAUUUAAAAAACGUAUCUUUUGUUUGGGUAUCCACAAAAAAAACCUCCAUAUUUGAUACCCAGCUCCGACUCUAGCAGCAGAAAAAAGGUUUUAAAUUUAUGAAUGUGUUUAAUUUCAGCUGUGUUUGGAAAGUUCGCCUUGAGAGGGUGGUUUGAAAAAAAACAACAAAAAAAACUAAAACAUUAUCAACGUGAGUUAGAUGCCUCGAAGCCACUGAUCCAGAAAUGUAGUUAAAAACUGUGAGAUUCCAGUGUCGGUAUGCAAACACACACACACACACACACACACACACACACACACACACACACACACACACACACACACACACACACACACACACACACACACACAGUAUUGUCUCUAUAAAGUUCUCAGUGUUACUCUAGUUAAGUUGCAUAUUAACUUAUUUAAACACACACACACACACACACACACACACACUGAUUUACUGUACUUCUGAAUGUACAUAGCAGCAGGUGUAUAUAGCUUUUUAGGUGUGUGUGUCUGUACAUGAGACCAGACCAGAAUGUGUGUGUUGAAUUUACACUUCAGACGUUCCGAAAUUUACUAUAUUAUUUCCUCCUCUUCCUCUUCCUCUUCUUCUUCUUGGAAAUAGAAAUUACUUGCACAUGAAUGUCAAGUCAGCAGAUGCCUUAGAUAUGUCGCUCUAACUGUGACUGGAGUGAAGUGUCAUCUCUCCGUUUAGUUUGAAACUGUAUGAAGUGAUGUUCGGUGUCUGUCUGAGUCCGAGGGGUUCUGUUUUUCACUUGAGCUCAAAGCAUGACUGCUGCUAGAGCCGCUAAUAUAAACCCUGUUAUUACUCUGUCAUGUUGUGAGAAGUAGGAUUUUCUUUUUUCUUUUCUUUCUUGGAGUCAUGGGAUUAUUUUUUCCUGUUUCUGGUCAUUGUUUUGUGGAGGUAACAAGUAUUCAAAAGCCUCUGUUUAUAUCAUUCGUGGUCCUCGGAAAUGAAAGCCGUUUCCUUCCUGCGGUGUUUUUGCAAUAACGUGACUCGGAGCUGUCCGCUAUUUUAAAUGAUUUCAUUUUGUGGAUCUUGUUACUUUUUCUGCUGAAGGUUUUUAGCAGUGGACCAUCUUAUAAAAUACUGAUAUUAGUAUUAGUGGAAACUUUACUUUUGUUUUGUUUUAAAAGUUAUAAUCCUUAAGAUUUUCAUCAUAUCAACCCAAAAUCUUAAUCUCAUUAUCAAGGAGUCUGAUGGUUAUUUUUUGGGAUCAAUCAAUUGGUUUUGAGGUCCAGAAAAUGGGGAAAAAAUGUCGAUUGCUGUUUCCUAAAAGUCCAAAGUGACGUUCACAACAGUCCACAACCAAAAGACAUUCAGGGUUAACUUUAUUUCUAGAGCUUUUCAAACCAAAGUUACAAAGUGCUUCACAUAAUACAAUAUUCACCAUUAAAGCAGAAUAAAAUUGACAGGAUAUGAUACAUAAAAAACAUUAGUCAAGCAUGAAUAGAUGAAACAUUAAACAUCUGGGACUAGGGCUGGGUGAUAUGGAUAAAAUGACUAUCCGUGCUUUCACAAAAUAUGCACACAGUGAGAUUUUUGAUAAUCAUCAGUAAUGUGAAUAUAAUGACAAAGUGUGUAAAGAACAGUUUGGUAAAGUUAAUAAAAUUACAUAAUUUUACUGUAAUGUAGCUUUUAAAAACCAGGAGAAGACACUUAAGUCAUAUCACGAUAUUACGAUAUCCAAAAUCUAAGACGAUAUCUAGUCUCAUAUCAUGAUAUUGAUAUAUUGGUACAGUAUAUUGAUAUAUCGAUAUAUUGAUAUAUUGCUCGGCCCGAUCUCGGACAGCAGCUGAAAUCUUAAGGAUUAUAACUUUACUUUCAGAAUCAUCGAUAUAAUCUUUAUCAUUCCCUCUUGAUGAUAAAGUUUGCUUCAUUAUUAUUAUAGUUUUUUUUUUUUAGAGGUUGUUUUUUUUUUUCAGCCAGUAUUUGCUGCCGUGACUCAUUUACUGGUUUUCCCUCAGAUGUGAUCCGUUUUUUUCGUGAGUAGCUCUUCAGUGUCUCAUCUCAGGUCUCGUUCCUGACUCAUUGUCCGUGAUUGUCGGCGGUCACGUGGGUCGCCUCAAAGUGUGUGUCGGGUGAAUCAGUCUCAUUUAUUAACAAUGUGCAGGUCUUUUAUAUCUUUAUCAAUUUGCUGCUACAGGUUCAUUUUCCUCCCUGUUUAUUUUUAUUUUUAUUUUAAUGGGCACAAAUCUUUAAAAUAAACCAAAUCCCGUGCCUGUUUGAGACUGGAGCAGACUAUCACUGACUGGAGACUGAUUUAUUGAAACCAAUCAGGAUUGAUUAUCUGAUCUGAUGUUACUGUGCAUGACGGUGAAUAACUGACCUGGAGACAGGGAGGGGCUUUUGAAUGCAGUUACCAACGUUUCCACAGAAAUCAUUUGAUUUUUACGGCUCAUACCAUGUAUGUAAAUGUUCAUUAUUUUCUCUGUGAACUCUCAUCCUCCCUCUUUGCAUGCAUAUUUUUGUAUGAUUUUAAAUAAAUGUGUUUCAAUCCCAUGUAAUCAGUAUGUUUUUUUGUUUUUUUUUAAAAGGUGAUUUUUAUUACCUUUUUCCACAUGUCUUUUAUUUAUGUUGAUUUGUGUCUUGGGACAUAAAUUUGAUCCUUUUGUGUGACAUGAAAAAGAAAUUGCAUAUAAAUUGAAAUGAAACCUUUCACCAUCAUUACAAUUUUUUAGUGAACUUGGAAUUGUAAGGUUUUCUGAUGUUUUUGGUCAGAUGUUAUAUAUUUAUUUAUUUAUAUGCAGUUUUACGAGCAGAUCCGGCACAAAAAGAGAAGAAAAAACACAAAACUGAAAAUCUACAUCAUAAAAAAAAACGUUUAAAAGAAAAAAUACAGCAGAUGAAACCAAACAGUUCCAAGAUCACGACUAUCAAACGUUUUUAUAUGUUUUUUCUUGGUCUACAUGGUUGUAAUUCUGUAUGUAAUGUCUCCAUAAACUCCAUAAACUGUCCUGUCUGCUCAGAGGAGGGAGAAAAAAAGAGAGAAAAA